GUUUUAACAUGUUUAAAAGCAAAGACUGAUGCAGUCAGAGCGCAGAUUCUUUCCACUAACCCAUGAGCCAAGCAGCACCUGCACCUUUUGGAGAUUCUGAAUCAGUUCUGACGACCAAUAGAGGUCAUAUAGGUCCAAAUAAAGAGACACAAAGAGAACCAACAUGUUUGUUUUUCCUGUAUAUUCCUUUUUUAAAUUUUAUUUGAUCACUUCUUUUGUUUUUGUUCUUAUUUAUAGCAGCACCUUGCUUGUCUAGUGUUUGCAAAGCGGCGCAGCACAGUCAGACGGCUCAUUUAUCUGCUGAUUAUUUACUAUUGUGCAUCACAUUUAGUUAAAAAAAAAGGCAGGGCCUUUAAUAAAAACAUGGCCUGAAUCUCCUUGUGUGGCAGCUGUUUGAAAAAACUGAACAAAUGCUUGUGCGAGGAAUUCCACAGAAGACCUGUUAAUCCGAUGCCUGCUCUUCUUUGGAAGUGCUGUAACUUGUUUGACUUCCUCCUUGGAGCUGUUCUUAAAAAGCGCAGCAGCACCUCAGCCGGUCACAUUUUCCAGCUUUCAGCACAGCAGCAACUUCACUUUGAAGCAGCCAAGCAGUCCGACCUUGCUUUUGUACUGAAAGGGUCUUCCUGUCGUUGCGACCUGGCACCAUGUUUCCAAACGAGGAUCUGGAGUGCAUCGUCUGCUGCUGCGAAUACUCCCGCAGCAACCGCGUCCCGCGGCUCCUCCACUGCAACCACGCGUUCUGCACACCUUGCCUGGAAAAAAUAUCCAUCCUGGAGGGGCCGCUCUGCACCGUCACCUGCCCCUUGUGCCGCUGGAUCACCUGCACCAGCGCCAGGCUGACGCUGCCCGGCUCCCUGUGGGUCAACACUGAGAUCUGGGACCAGCUGCCCAACCAGCCUGAGGACAGUGACGAGGACUCUACCCAGAAAGACACAGAGAUGAAGGACAGUCCGUCCACAAAUUCCCAGUCAAGGCAGUCUGGUUUGAAGGGAAAAUUUGAAAACCUGCGGCGAGUCUUCAAAGGCGGCGUGAAGCAGCAACAAAGACACAACUGCUGAGCGCGCCGCCGCAGCUGGAACCACCUGAAGGACUAUCAUCAAAACCUUAUGGAUAAUCACGCCGGCGAAGGCCGGCGUGCUGAACAGCUACCGGAGACGACUUGUUUUCUGGAGAUCUUCAGACAAGGAGGACAUGUUGGUACACAUGACCGGCGCACACCCACAUAUGUUCGGCCAUAAAAAGUUUUACAGUCUAGAACUUCACUGUUCUGGACUGUCUGUGACUGCAUUUUUCUACGUAAUCCAAUAAUUUAUUGUAAAUAUUGUCUGAUAAUUUAUAUAGACGCUGCUUGUUCCUUUGUGAAUCGUGUUGUCAGAUGUGAUCUAAGGUCUAAUCCAAAACAAGAACUGGAGGAUCUCACUUUAUUGAUCAAAGAAUCCGCUUUAUUUUCUGCUGGAUGGUCUUUAUGUACAUUUUUAAGUUAAAUAACAAACAUCUGUGAAGGAA